AUGCCGAUCUCGUGCAGUGUCAAGCAUCUGUGGAAAAGUUCCGCGCGUCAUCGUUACUCGUCGCGCGUUUCGCUCGUCGUCACUUCCGCCGCGCGCGCCGCCGCCCACGCAGCCGCAGCGCGGACGGACGCCAUGGUCGCGGACAAGAAAGACCUCGCGAACGUCGACGCGGAGAACUUCGGGAGCGAGAUGCUCGACUCGUUCAAGAUCGACAUCUCGCACCAAGAGAUGGAGCGCAUCAUCCUCGAGCUCAUCUACCGGACGCAGCCGGGGAAGUGGCUUCCCAUGCACGGCAUCUGCAACAUGCUCGCGGACGAGCUCGGGUACGAGGACGUGGACGAGUUCGAGGACGCGCUCAAGGCGGACUUCAAGACGUUCAUCGGCGCGCUGCCGCACAUCGAGACGGACAACCAGGAGUCAGGCGCGUUCUAUCUCACACUGCUCCAGCCCGGGCUCUGGCGCGACGUCUUUCGCGUCAUCCCCGACCCGCCCGCGGACCAGUGCCGCCCGCAGCGGCUCGUGCUGCAGAUCAAGUCCAGGGCGGACCUGUGGCGCGUGCUGAUGCUCCAUCCGGGCGCGUUCGUGGAGAUCCCCGAGCUCGAGUUCGAGAUCGGCGCGGAUCACAAGCGUCGCGUCGACUCGGUGUACAACCACGUCGGCGCGUCCAUCUUCAAUUUGGAGCGUCACGUGGAACAGAUCGGCGACGCCGCGGACGACCCCGCGGCGGCGGCGGAGCGCCAGGGGAUCCAGGACACGUGCGACGCGCUUCGAAAGGUGUUAGACCUCGAGAUCCCGGCGACGUUCAUCGUGAUCGACCCCGGGGGCCUGAGCGCGUUCAAGCCGGGCGAGGGCGUGGAGGUGACGGAGAUGGAGGCGGACGCGGGCGCGUACGACCGAAGCGCGCGCGCCGUCGCCAUCACCCGCGCGGCGGAGGCGGAGGGAUACGAGGACAUCAACGGCGGGGGCGGGGGCGGGGGCGAGCCGGGGGCGCGGGGGGGCGACGGCGACGGCGACGGCGGGGGAGGGGGAGGGAUGAACGACAUAGACGCGUGA